AUGGAGGGUCAGUCACCUGUACCCCAGGUGGAGGAGGCCCGGUUAGCUGUAGCCCAGGUGGUGGAGGCCCGGGUAGCUGUAGCCCAGGUAGUGGAGGCCCAGGUAACUGCAGCCCAGGUGGUGGAGGCCCGGGUAGCUGCAGCCCAGGUGGUGGAGGCCCGGGUAGCUGCAGCCCAGGUGGUGGAGGCCCGGGUAGCUGCAGCCCAGGUGGUGGAGGCCCGGGUAGCUGUAGCCCAGGUAGUGGAGGCCCAGGUAACUGCAGCCCAGGUGGUGGAGGCCCGGGUAGCUGCAGCCCAGGUGGUGGAGGCCCGGGUAGCUGCAGCCCAGGUAGUGGAGGCCCAGGUAACUGCAGCCCAGGUGGUGGAGGCCCGGGUAGCUGCAGCCCAGGUGGUGGAGGCCCGGGUAGCUGCAGCCCAGGUGGUGGAGGCCCGGGAAGAUGUAGCCCAGGUGGUGGAGGCCCGGGAAGAUGUAGCCCAGGUGGUGGAGGCCCGAGUAGUUGGAGCCCAGGUGGUGGAGGCCCGAAUAGCUGUAGCCCAGGUGGUGGAGGCCCGAAUAGCUGUAGCCCAGGUGGUGGAGGCCCAGGUAGCUGUAGCCCAGGUGGUGGAGGCCCGAAUAGCUGUAGCCCAGGUGGUGGAGGCCCGGGAAGAUGUAGCCCAGGUGGUGGAGGCCCGGGAAGAUGUAGCCCAGGUGGUGGAGGCCCGAGUAGUUGGAGCCCAGGUGGUGGAGGCCCGAAUAGCUGUAGCCCAGGUGGUGGAGGCCCGAAUAGCUGUAGCCCAGGUGGUGGAGGCCCGGGUAGCUGUAGCCCAGGUGGUGGAGGCCCAGGUAGCUGUAGCCCAGGUGGUGGAGGCCCAGGUAGCUGUAGCCCAGGUGGUGGAGGCCCGAAUAGCUGUAGCCCAGGUGGUGGAGGCCUGGUUAGCUGUAGCCCAGGCAACUGAGGCCUGGACCAGGAUUUAUUUCAAUGUCACCAGCCAAAAGUAG